GAGAAGCACCUGACCGUGCGCUGCGCCCGGGACCUGGGUCCCAUCGUCCUCAUCCGCCUGCACAAGUGGCGGCUCUUCCUGGAGGACGCCUGGUUCUGCAAGGACGUCCAGGUGACGGCUCCUGAUGGAACCCUCUACCGCUUCCCCUGCUACCUGUGGCUGGAGGGGGUCAUCACCGUGGAGGUCCGAGAAGGCUCAGGGAAGAAGCUGGUGGACGAUGAGCUGGAGAUCCUCAGGGAGCAUCGGCGCAAGGAGCUGACGGCGCGGCAGGAGGCUUACCAGUGGAAGAACUUCGCUGAAGGUUGGCCCAGGUGCCUCAAGGUGGAUUCCAUCUUCGAGCUGGACUCCAACGUUCAGUUCUCCUGCGUGAGGGCCACCAACUUCACCGGUCUCCUCCUCUUCCAAGGAGCCACCCACCUUCUCUCAGGGUUCCUGGCGAGACCCACCUCCUGGAGAAGCCUGGAUGAGAUGCGCAGCAUCUUCUCGCGGACGCGGGGCAGGGAGAUCGUCCCCGAGUACGUGGCCAGGCACUGGCGAGAAGAUGACUUCUUCGGGUACCAGUUCCUCAACGGCAACAACCCCAUCGUCAUCCGGCAAUGCACGGCGCUGCCGGCCAAGUUCCCGGUGACGCCGGAGAUGGUGGCCAACUCCUUGGGUGGUGACACCAACUUGGAGAAGGAGAUGGAAGAAGGUCGGAUCUUCAUCGUGGAUUAUGAAGUUCUGGAGGACAUCCCAGCUGGGACCAUCCAUGGACAUCAGCAGUACGUGGCCGCCCCGAUCUGUCUCCUUCACCAGGGUGUUGAUGGUCUUCUCCGUCCCAUCGCCAUCCAGCUCAGCCAAAGACCAGGACCCACCAGCCCCAUCUUCUUACCGAGUGACUCCGAGUGGGAUUGGCUCUUGGCCAAGACUUGGGUGCGCAACGCCGACUUCUACAGCCACCAACUCCUCACCCACCUCUUGAGGACCCACCUCUUCGCGGAGGUCUUUGCCAUCGCCACCCUCCGCCAACUGCCCUCCUGUCACCCACUCUUCAAGCUCCUCAUCCCCCAUUUCCAUUUCACGUUGCACAUCAACACCUUGGCCAGGAGCGUCCUCAUCAACCCCGGCGGCGUCAUCGACAAGGUGACUGGGCUCUACUGGGAGCACUGGGAGAGCUGA